GAAGGAAAAAAAAAACAGUAGAAGACAGAAAAAUAGAGAUGAUGUGCAGAUUGGGCAGAACAAAGGGAAAAGUCUCACUCCGUCACAAAGGCAAGUAGGGGGAAGUUGCUAGGUGAUGGAUGAGGGAGAGAGGUGAAUUUCCACUGUAGGAGAACCCAGGUGAGAGGCAGGAGCACAGAUUUGGAAAUGUACAUGUUUGGGGAGGUGGGAAUUUCUCAUUAGGAAGUGGGGAGUGGUGUGGUUGGGGCUGGGGAGUGGGAGUGGAGACGGGCUGGGGGGACAUGCCUCAGCAGAGGAAGAGGGACAGCGGAGAUGUGGCAGAGCGGGGUAAUUUCGGGGCUGUGUGGUUUGGCCUGGUAGCGCAGCACAACAGAAACUGGGAGAAAGGGGGUGGAAUUUAGAUGUGUGACCUACCCCGUAGCUUUCUUGCUCUCUGCAUUUAUCACAUCACAUCACACCCAGCAAGACAGCCCCCUCCUCCUGGCUCAUUAGGAGAUUUGAUUCGGCUUGGCUCCUGCUGUCAGCAGCUGUCUGGGGCAAGAUCUUUCUGCUCCCUGCUCCCUAAGCAGCAACCAGCCUUGAGCCAGCAGCAGAGCUCAUUAGAAGAGGCCCCCUGGACACUUGAUUUUCAGCUCACUGGUGGCCAGAAAGAGUUAAUACCUCCGGCUUCCCUGCCCCCUGGGCAGCCUCUGGGUGCAGAGGGAGGCAGCUCUGGGCUGUGGGGACCUCUCCCUGAGCUGCGGCCAGAGGUGCUGGGAAGCAGCGCUCCUUCCCCGCAGCCUCUGACCGUCCCGCUGGCAAAGCCCCGCAGGCCAUGAGGACUGGUCAAAGACAGUGAGAGGACGUGAAAGGGUAGAUCCCUGUGCCCCGCAGUCUCAUCCCCCGCCCUGACGUCCCUGCACACCAGCCAGUGGGUUAACCGUAAGCAGGAGCCUGUAUGGCGGCUUUGCUGAUGCCACGCAGGAACAAAGGGAUGAGGACUCGACUGGGAUGCCUGUCUCACAAGUCAGACUCGUGCAGUGAUUUCACAGCUAUUCUCCCCGACAAGCCCAACCGUGCUCUAAAGAGACUGUCCACAGAAGAGGCCACGCGGUGGGCCGAUUCCUUUGACGUGCUUCUCUCCCAUAAGUAUGGGGUGGCUGCGUUCCGUGCCUUCCUGAAGACGGAGUUCAGUGAGGAGAACCUGGAGUUCUGGCUGGCCUGUGAGGAGUUCAAGAAGACCAGGUCGACUGCAAAGCUGGUCUCCAAGGCGCACAGGAUCUUUGAGGAGUUCGUGGAUGUGCAGGCUCCGAGGGAGGUAAACAUAGACUUCCAGACCCGAGAAGCCACGAGGAAGAACAUGCAGGAGCCAUCCCUGACGUGCUUCGACCAGGCCCAGGGGAAAGUGCACAGCCUCAUGGAGAAGGACUCGUACCCCCGGUUCCUGAGGUCCAAAAUGUACUUGGAUUUGCUGUCCCAAAACCAGAGGAGGCUCAGUUAGACCUCAGUCGGGGACUCUUGGAGAUCGCCGGCUUUCCCCUCCCCUUGCUGCCAAGAACAUAGUCUAAUGUGAAAUGUCAUAGGUGUUCAAAAGCAGAGGCGCUUAGGUUGGGAGGCUGGGAGUGAGUCGGGGAUGAAGGGCCCUUCCGAAGUAUGAUGCAGCCACCGGAGCUCGGACUUUAUUCCAUUACCCACGUUUGUGUUUCGGUUAGUGGUAGCACCUUGUCGCUGUCACCCUUCUCUGGGUCGGCCACACGCCCACCAUAAUGCCUUGGAUCAUGUCCACUGAGAAGGCAGAGCUGCUGUGCUGGGCUAAUGUGUAAAUAAUGCAGAUGCAGUUUCCACCAGCCCCGCCCCCUCCUCCAUUAGGAUUCCCGACUCUCUAACUUGUCCCACACCCCUGUGAGGAAAAGCUAGAAGACUCUGGCUCACGUCUGUGAUUUGCUGUCACCACGUCAUGGCCAGUCCUGGGUGCUGGGACCUCACAGUUUAGGAGAGAGGUCUCUGGGGCAUCCAGGGUUUCUCGCACUGUCACUGACAGGUGGCCUCUGAGAGGAGGGGCGGACUCCGUGGAGUCGGCUGUUUCUUCCAUUUCCGCAGGACCGGUGUGAAAAGCCGCGGUCACUGCCCAUCUCAGCCUAGAAAGCUCACAAGACCCCCUGACCCUUGCAGUUCCAGAAGGGGCCUCGGGAGCUGCCCUUCCUGACGUCUGACGUGGAGCUGCUACUGAGAAAGAUUCAGCUUGCAGAUCUCCUCGGUCCUGCCAAAAAGUGUUCCAGAAGCUGAAUAAGCAUGGAGUGCAACGCUGGUAGACCUCCGUGCAGUGGGGCACAUAGAACCCUCUGUUGCUUAAUGUAUUGUCUGCUGUCGCCUCCCCGCGCAUCCAUCACGGAUCUCUUAGAAUGACAGACAGCGUGGUAAAGGGAGGUGAACUCCCGUAACCAGAGGAGCAUGGACAGCUCCGCGGUGCCUCCCACUUCCCCUGACUCUCCCCCUCGCCCCCCAUGCAGGCCAUGUAGUCAUGAUGGGGAGAGUGGGAACUUAGGCCAUCACUCCUUCCAGCUUGCUUCCGGGGAGUGUGCGUUCUCAGGAAGGUCCCGCUCAUGAGGGCCACCUUGGCUGUUUGGCGGCUUCCUUCCUGACCUCUGACUUUCAGAGACUGAACAUGGACCAGGAGGUGAGGCUAAGACCACUGUGAACAUCUGGUUGUGGAGACCUUCGGAAAAUGGCUUCGUGCUGCCCUGGGGAUGCUCUUGGAAAAACAUCAGGAAACUCUUCCUUGGAGGAUGAGCCAGACACAGGAAACCUACUCCAGCUGCCCAGGGAGAAGCUGACUUUGGCCCAAGACUGCAGAGCCAAGGAGACAAGUCCUCAACAGAGAGACCCAAAUGUGGAAGAGGAGCCUGGAAGAGUGGCCUGUAUCGCGGAGGGCGUGCUGUUGGGGUCAUUCACAGCCAUUGGGUUUGGAUCCACGGCAGAGCUACAACACUUCCAGAUGGACUAAAUGAAACAGCAUGUGAUUAGGUGUGAGCUCUGGCGUGCAGGCGAUUGAGAACCGGGCUGAAGCGUUCUCCUCUCGCUGCCUUUUUAGAUGUGCAGGUGUUCCUGUGUUUGCAUACUUGUCCAGUAACUUCACGAAUCUCUUCCUUCCUUGGCUACAGCUAGACAAGGCCCAGAAGGCUCUUGAGUCCCCCUGGCUGUUAGGGUCCACUGCCCUGCCGUGCAUCUGUGAGUGUGAACAUCUGUGUGAGCACAUGGGCCUCCCGGGGACAGCUGGGAAUUCCCCAUUCACGAACUCUGAGGCCGCACGUGGGUGUUCCUAGUUAGAUCAGGUAGUGUUCCCCUGCCCCCACUGGUGAAAAACCAUCCUUAGCUUAAGCUGCCAGAAUUAAUUUAAUGAUCAAAAUCUCGAACAGGGUAUUUUAAACGUUGUUUACAUAUGAAAUGUGCAUCUGCUGCCAACUGUACUGUCGGAUAUGAGGUGCAGAUAAAUUGGAAGAGCACAGAGUUAUGGAAACAGGAAAUGUGCUAAGAGGGGCCUUUUCGCCACUUCCACUGUUCCCAGGAGGAAAGUCUGAACAAGAGCACUGGGCGGUGGCCUCAUGUGGAGCCAAGAGCUCUCGCCAGCUCUUGGUGGGAUGCAGGCUGCUGAUGGUGGGGUCAUGGCGCCUGGUGAUGCCUUCCCACGAUGGGGAGGUGAGAAGGACCAAGCCUGGGUAUUC